ACAGAGUAUUUCAAUUUAUAAUAAUACUAUAGUUGUAUUUAAUCAUAGAAAUGAUGAUCGUAUGUCGUGUGUUGCUUCUAAGUGGAUUUCUUUUGAUGUGCAUCAUACAAACAACCUCAGGUAUCACUUGCUUGGAAUGCUCUGGUGUUCGUUCCGAUCAAGAAUGUCGUGCAACUGGGAGAAUUAGAACAUGUGGAUAUCGACAGGACGCUUGUGAAAUCGAACUUCGUAAUCAUGGAGGAUGGGGUGGUGGAUUAUUAAUUUUUAAGCAAUGCAAGGAAUCAAGGGCGUGUGAGAAUAAUCACAUUCAGAAUCCAAGGGACGCUUGGAAACCCACACAAUGCAAUCCAUAUGAAAGAAACUCCGUGUGUCGUUGCUGCUGCUUUACAAGCAUGUGUAAUAUUGCCAGAGAGCAAUGUUUUGGACAAGUGAUGUGCCCUAAUCCGCCAAACUACGUUCACCGAGGGAUGAUUUCUUGCUCAAACGGGCGACUACCGGGCAGCCAAUGUAGCACAACAUGUAACUCUGGCACUAGAUUGGUCGGAACGAAAACAAAUUAUUGCAAGUCGAAUGGAUACUGGAGUCAUCCGUUUGCGCGCUGCGGGGAUGUUAUAUGCCGUCAACGAAUUGAUAUAAGAAACGGAUGGUAUUCAUGCACAAAGGGAAACUUUGCAGGUAGCAAAUGCAGAGCACAGUGUAGACCAGGAUAUAUUUUACGAGGUUUUAGACAAAGUACAUGUACAAUGUAUGGGUUGUGGACUUUGCGGCCACCAUUUUGUGUUCCUAUUCUUUGUCCAAUUCCUGACCAACUGAUCGGCGGGAAGGCUGAAUGCAGUGACGGGAGAAGAGUACAAAGUAGAUGCAGGUUUACAUGCGACCAAGACAGAACGAUGAAAGGUUUAAAUGAACGCCAUUGCCAGGAAAAUGGAAAGUGGAGCCAUAAGAUGCCAGUGUGUGAAGAAAUUAGUUGUCCAAAAAGACCUAGAGUCUUGCACGGGUCAACAACAUGCAAUAAAGGAACAACAGCAAACAGUAUUUGUCGGUAUAAGUGUAACAGGGAUUAUCGAAUGCGAGGAGACUCUACAUCAAUUUGUCAAAUCGAUGGAAAAUGGAGUAGUCCUUUGCCAAUGUGUCUAAGAAUAAUGUGUCCACCAAGAGGCUUCAUUAUGUUUGGGAAAGUAAGAUGUUCAAUGGGAUCUUUCACUAAAAGUAUAUGCAGAGCUGAAUGUAAUUCUGGGCAUUUCAUGGUCGGAGAAGCGCAAAGCACAUGCUCAUCGGAAGGAGAAUGGGACUUUUCGUUGCCAGCAUGUAGAAAAUUAGAAUGCCGACCUCGGGGACCACUUGAACAUGGAUACGUUACGUGCACGAACAGAAAUUUUGUUGCUAGUAAUUGUAGAGCGAGAUGCAAUAAAGGACGAAGAUUAUCUGGUGAAUCGUCAAGCACUUGCUUAGAUUCUACGGAAUGGAGCAAUCCACUGCCGGAAUGUGAACAAAUAGUUUGUGAACCUCGAGGAACUGUGGAAGGUGGCACAGUAAAAUGCACGAAUGGAAAUUUAGCAAAAAGCAUAUGCACGGUCGAGUGUGAACUUUUCAGGACAAUAAUCAACACACCAGUUAGCAUAUGUUUAGACUCGGGAGAAUGGAGUGCACCACUUGCUACUUGCCAGAGGCAGCAAUGCAGAAAUAGAAGUCGAGUAGUUGGAGGUACGGUGACCUGCACUGAUGAAAGCUACGCCCGGAGUGUAUGCACAGUAUCAUGCAAUGAUGGCAAAGAAGUGAAAGGCACAGCGACCAGUUCGUGUCUACGUUCAAGUGAAUGGAGCGAACCGCUAGCUACAUGCGAUGAUAUCUUGUGUUCACCACGAACUGCCAUAAUAGGGGGAACUGUUGAAUGCACAAACAGCAAUAUUGCUCGUAGCAUAUGCACAACAAUCUGCCAUACUGGCAGAAUUAUGAUCGGAACUCCGUCGAGUACCUGUUUAAAUUCAGCUGAGUGGAGUCUUGACCUGCCUACAUGUCAAAAAAUUGUCUGUCCUCCUCGCACAUCUGUAGAUAAUGGAAUCAUUAGCUGCACAGAUGAAUUUUUCUACGAAAGCGAAUGCACAGUUGCAUGUGAAGUAUUUUAUGACAUUGUGGGAGACGAAUCGAGCGAAUGCAUGGAAUCUGGGAGUUGGAGCGUUGAUCUGCCCAUCUGCAACAAAAGAAUGUGUCCUCAGCGAGAAAAAAUGGUAGAUGGGCAAGUCACAUGUUCCAAUGAAAAUAACAUCAACAGCGUGUGUGAAGCUUUCUGUUACCUUGGAUUCAAAAUGGUGGGUGUGACAGAUAGCGAAUGUUUACCAAUUGGAGAAUGGAGUGACGAUUUACCUGUGUGUGAAGCUAUUUACUGUCCUUCUAGAAGUGAAGUUAUAGAUGGUUCAACAAAGUGCACAAAUGGAGUGAAUUACUCGAGUCGAUGCGCAGUGACCUGCCACUUUACAACAAAAUUAGUUGGAGAACAGUUCAGUGAAUGUCUUGGGAAUGGGGAAUGGAGUGCGCCAUUGCCCAUUUGUGAAAAAUUAUACUGUGAUGACCAAGGGGAUUUAGAACACGGUAGAAUUGUUUGUACAGACGGAACUGCCGUCAGAUCCACCUGCGUAUUUGAAUGUAUUGAUGAAGGCUACAAUGUCUACCCGGCUGAAAGACUUCGAACAGUCUGCCAGAUAAACCAACGAUGGACGUUGCCUAAACCAUGCUGUUCAAGAUCGUGUCCUCCAUAUGCACUGGUAGAUGUUGUCGUUGUCAUGGACUCUUCUUCGUCAAUUGGUAUUGAAAAUUGGUUCAUGCUAACUGCAUUCGUCGAAGGGAUACUCAGGUCCUUCAUUAUCGACAGAACAGCUGUCAACUUUGCUAUGUUUCGGUACAACAAUGAAAUAGAUACGGAGUCUCAAAUAUUUUUAAACAGCUUUCCGGAUGACGUCGAGAAACUUGUCCAGGCAUUCAAUAAGUUUGAGUACAAUGGCAGGGGAACCCUAACAGGAAAGGCUCUCCAGCACGCUCUUGAGGUAAGUUUGACUCCAGAAAACGGAAACCGACCCGACAUCAAAGAUGUAGUAUUUGUUAUCACUGACGGAAAAGCAGGAGAUGAUGUAUUAGCUCCUUCGCAAGCAUUGAGAGAAAGAGGAGUAACGGUGCUUGUACUUGGAAUUAAGCCACUGAGAGGAUUUCUCGAUUUAAAGCAAUUACAACAAAUAGCGGGUAAACAAGAUAAUCUUGUAAUUGCUGAAGCUGGAUUCGCUGGACUGACAUCAGAAUUUGGGUUGAAACUCAGUAAAACAAUUUGUGGACAACCAUGCACUUGAAAAUUAUAUUUUUGAAAGAAUUGUUUCAACGUAGUAGUUUUUAUAGAACAUUUAUCAUUUUUGUGUAGCCGUAACAUUCCACAAAUGAAUAGACAAUAUAUAUACACCAAAAUGCUUUACAUGUUUGGCAUCGAGAAUGCUAUAUUUAUCGCUGAAUAUUUAUAAAAUGUUUUCACACGGAUCCACCACGACCAGACAGAUUUUUACUGUUUGCCUAAAAUCUACAUGUGUUUCGCGGCGAGAUAUUGAAAGUAGUCUCGCGCUUCUCAAAACUAAAAUAUUUUGUUACCACAAUUCAAGUGUAAAAUUAAUUUAUUUAAGCAACAAUCACUAGAUAGAGAACGUCAAUUUAGCGUUAAUAGGAUUAUAUAUAUCACACAAUUAGAAAUUCCCUAAAUUACUGAAAGUACAACGUUCACAAAUUUGAGACCUAAUUUUAAACCUUUCCUAUUAUUCAUUCAGUUUGUGCGGGGAUUGGUAUUUGAUAAAAGUGGCAACGUAUUCAGCAUUGCAUUAUCCUACAAAGUGCUUGAAUCGAGGCUGUAGCUAUG